UAUACAGUCUGCUGGGAAUCUAGUUGCUGGCAUUGUUUGUCGUUAGGUACAUGCUCUUAUAUCUAUCCAGUGCCAGUCUCUUUCUCCAGGAGGAAGCCUGCUCCAUAUCAUAUGCGAUCGAGUAUUAGCAUUCUUGUCUUUUCCAUACCCAUCACACUCAUCUGAUCUCCUUGAACGACGAGACUAUAUGACUAGACCAUGACUACUCUAUUUUAGUCGGACUUGUCUUUAGUUCCGAACUAUUUUUGAGGCUGACGCUUGAUCAUCAAACUUAAUUUUGACAAUUAGAUCAUAACAUAAAGCCCUUGAAGAUCCAACCCUUGAACCCUCCUCCCUUCUCCACCUCGACAAACGGCCUAGCACUUUACUUUAUGCCAAUGCACUCGUGCCUUUUCGAAUCGCGGCACUUUCGACUAACAAAACCAAGAGACUGGCACGGAACCGAACGAAAGAUAGAAAGAAAAGCUUGUCUCCUGUUUUUCUUUCCUGACUUUCGUCUUCAAUACUAAGUCUUAGCAUUAUCCUCCUAAAGCAGUGCGAUUCAUCGAAGAAAGGUGGAAUUUCUAAAGAUCGAUACUUCUGUAUAUCACUAGUUGUACUCGACUAGCCAUAUCAGCUUUCAAUACAGCGCCUCCAGACCAAACUAUUCUCUGUCAAUAUUACAAACGACGUAUAAAGUCAGCUAUCCUCAUACACCAUAGAGAUAUCUACACGCCACCCUCAAUUACCAGGUAUGUACAAUGUUGUCUUCUCAAACAUCUCAAACAUCUCAUACAUCUACUGCAUCUACUGCAUCUACUGCAUCUACAUCUCUUAGUCUACAUCUCAUCCAUCAUUCAUAUUUUCUCCCGUUAAGGGAAAGUUCCGGAUGGAAGAAUAUAUUGCAUGCAGGUAGUGUACCUAGGUACUUUAACUGUUGUGUACCUUCAAAUCUUUUCACUCUUCACCAAACAAAGUAUCCAUCUUCACCCAUUUAUUUCUGUUUUUCUUUUUUUAAACACAAUUCACCAGUGCGUGCGUCAUAGGCAUCAAACCCGAGAACAAUCCAAACCUUCACAAAUUCAUUACACAAAUUCAUUCCAACACCAACACAAAAUAUUUGAACUCCUUCACAAAUGAAUUAUCAUCCGAAACAUCUUCUUUUCUUUAAAAGAACUUGGAGAAGAGACAUGUCAUCUCAUAUAUUCAAACACGGAUAUUAAUGCCCAAGAAAUGGAUAAUCAUGUCCACUUUCAAAUCUUUCAAAGUCCGCUCACACUCAAAUCCACUCACCCAAAUAUCUUUUCUCCUUCUACUGCCAUCUCAUUCUAUUUUCGUCCCUCUACCGUUUUGGUAUCAGAAUUGAUCUUUGGGGAACCAAAAAAAGAUCAAGCUCAAGCUCGAGCGGAUUUGAAUUCUACAAUUGGAAAUCUUCUCCACAAGUUUACAAGUGAAAAAGUCCAUUUUUUUUUUACCUCUGAGCAAGAAUACGCGCACAUUUUGUGAAGCUUUAGUUUAAGCUUCUGUCACCUUGUGCUUCAGCUUGUCUCAUGUUCGCGUUGACUUCCGUCUUGUAUUUCUUUCCAAGUAGGACAAAAGAUUCGAAUAUUUGGCUAACAAUUUAUCUGAAGCGAAAAGAAGAUCUUUCAUCAUACGUCUUACUAUCAAAAAUCUCGACAAUACCAGCACUUUCUUCAAUAAACACCAAAGAUUUAUUACCUUUAUCUCAUUCGCGUCAAAAGGUCAAAUUUCAUCUCCACUUCGAUUUCUAAAACAUCAAAAACGUUGAUGUGCCGACUUCCCGCCCGCAGAAGCUUCCAUUUCUGACGUCCGAGAAUUUGCCAAGAAAUUCAGCCGCGUAACUUCACCAAGGAUAGAAACACGAGAGGAGAAGUGAAUAACAUAAAGCUUGAGAGGGAGCGUUCGCAUUGAUUUGGAUUUCUUCUACGAGAAGUCCAACUUUCAUAUCUUGCCUUGCGCAAUACAACUUCAAUCGAAACUCUUCAUUCACAUUUCACAAUGGAUACCUAUCAUGGUCACGUACGCACUCCUGCGGAUGCGAUUAAGUUAUUCGAAGCUUGCCGACUUGGUCUACUACCUCGAGUACAAAGAAGAUUGUCGGAGAAAGAAAGGCAAUCAAUAAAAUCUGGAUCAGUAUUUGUUUGGGAUGAAAGAGAAGCCGGAAUGCGAAGAUGGACUGAUGGGAAAUCAUGGAGCGCAAGCAGAGUAUCUGGCAGCUUUUUAACAUAUCGCGAGAUGGAAGGAAAGAGAGGAGGUGGUCAAUUUGUACCCCCACCAGCUCGAAGAAUGGCAGGGAAGACACCGGAUAGUGGAAAGGGUAGUGAUGAGGAUCAAGAUAUGGAUGGAGAUGGACCAGAUGGGUACAGAUACAAACCUGAUGGUCUAAUGAAACAAUCCUUCAGUAUUAUAACCUCGACUGGGCAACAUCUCCAUUUAAUCAGCUACUACUCUCGACCUCAUCCAAACAGUCCCGACCUUCCACAACCAACAACUGAUCCUCAACUUCGCGGAAUUGUCCCAAUGAAAGGCAUGUACCCAGAAUCGACAGUUCAUGAAGCUCAAGGUCCAGCUGUCACGAGAGCUCCAAUGCAACAAGGUCCUUACAUGCAUCAAUCUCAACAGAGAGUUCCAUAUGGUUAUUCCCCAGGAUAUGGACCAUGGCCUCCAUCUCCAGUUUCUACUCCUCCAUAUCCUCAUCAUCAACAGAUGUAUUCAUCGCAACUUCCUCCGCCACCACCUGGGUCAAUGCAUCCUUCACCCUACCACAUUCCACAAGGACCUCCACACACAUCACCGUAUCAACCACAUCAAUAUAGUCCUCAUCACCGCCCCAGUCAUGCUCCAACUACCAUGGCACAUGGUCCGCCACAAUCGGCGAUCUAUGACCGACCUCCUCCACCUCUAUCAAAUUCUUCCUUGCCUCCUCCACCUCCCCACAGCUACCAAAACGGUGCCCCUCAACAAAUUCACCCAGGUUAUCAGCCACAUCAACACCAACAUCCCAGUCCUCGUGCUGAACAUUUAGCUAGGGUACAGGCAGAAGAACAUGCAUUGAUGGCCCAAAGAGCUUUACAAACUGGAAUGAUUGAUCCCAGAUUGGCUCAAACAGCACCACUUGCACCAGUCAAUAUCCAUACAAAUGGAAUAAGUGGUACUCAUAGAACAACUACACCACCGCAACAGAAGAGUACUUCCCCAGCUCAUACACCAAAGAGCCUUCAUGACCAAGCAGUUCCUUCUCCAAAAGGAACACCAAAUUGCAAGGGUAAAUCUGAAGCUCAAAUAAUUCCAUCAAUCUCCAGUCUUGUUCAUCCAUCAGAUUCAACAAGUGUUCUAGCGGACAAUAAAUCAAACAGUAGCAAUAACUCCAGAUCUGGAUCAACUAGCCCAAGACAAAGAGAAUUUAUUGAAGCAAAGGCAGAGGAGGAAAAGAAAAUAUCUGGCGUCACACCUGUUGCAUCAGAUAUUCCACAUGGAAAUUUAAGCGCAGCGUCAGCAAGUAAAGCGGAAGAUCAAAGGACGAUUAGGGUAUUAGAUCGAAAAUUCAUGAUCUAACGGGAAGGGGAUAGUUGAAUCAAGGAUAAGGCGUGCAAAAAUAGGAAAGGGAGAUUCAAGGGAUUCGAAUAACGGCGUUAGGUAUUGAAGAGGAGUUUUUGCUUUACGGAAUGAUAUCCCAUACUUUCGUUCUACCUUUUACUUUUUUUCUCUCAAAGUUUUAUCACUUCAUUGUACAUUCUUAGUUUGUGGUUUGGUGUUUUUUACCGCGCGAAAUGGGGCGCAGCGACAUUUACCUUUGAUGAGAUGUCUUUUUUUAGGUGAUUUUACAUUGAUUGCAUUGCGAGGGAGUUGUAGUUUUUUUUUUUUUACUUUUUCUUGAUUUUCUAC